GCCUGAUUGAUGCCUUGUUUCCGUCGCAUAGGCUUUUGUUAACCUUCUUUGCUUCCAAAGUUUCAGCAUGAUGCCUUAUUAUUAUCUUCGCUCAAGCCACUGCACUACGCCCUCUCACCCCCAUGACUACUUGGUUUGCGAUCGUGUCGUGCUCUCAGCCUUUCUUUCCCUGUGGCCAUCGAUCUUCAUGCAUCGCUCUCUUGGGCUCUCGGUCUUUCUUGCCCUCGAUCAUUCUACAUGUCGCCACCUCAACCUUUCCAUCCUCCAAUCGUAUGCUGGUAUCGUUAUUCGUGCCUUCGCCCUCUCAGCCUCAAUCUUCCUUUAUCCCUCUCUCUUUGGUCGCCGUUCGCUCUGUUGGGCUCUCGCCCCUCGCCCUGCUUCGCCCUCAAACAUUUAGAAUAGCAAGGCUCGGGAGUUUAUGACAUUCAAGCUGAGCUGGCGCUCAGGCUCUACCUUUUUCGCUAUGAUUAAAUCCAUCAACAAUCCAGGCUGAAUGACAUAACACGGCUGGCAAAAUUCAGUAUAUUAAGGGCGCGACUUCCUCCAAUAUUCAUCAUCGCCAAAAUGGAUUCGACCGACACCUCACCUAUGUAUGCGACACUGUCGAUACUGUUGCGUAUGGUGGAC